UUUUCUUCUUUUUCAGAAAGUCAAUAUUGUGGAUGUGGGCAAUAAUGACGGUGCCUAGGGGUGUGUUUUUACUCCUGCUUUUACAGUGUUUUACUGUAAGAACAUCAGGGCUUUCCCCCAGCUCCAGAUCAGGUCCCUCCUCCCAGUCUGUCCAGUUCAGCUGUGGAUCCACUGUGUGUCCUUCAGGCACAGACUGUGUCAGAAUGAAUGGGACUCUCCAGUGUGCUGACCCCUGCCAGGAGUACACUGUGCUGAAUGAUGACUGGCGCUCAACAAAUAACACGUCCCGCCAGAACCCACGCUGUGACCAAAAUGUUAACUGGCAAGGCUGGUAUCGGCUGUUUCUGGGGCAAACCAAUGCUAAAAUUCCAGAGAGGUGUGUGGCUGAAAGAAGGUGUGGAACCAAUGCUCCUCUAUGGAUAACAACUCCUCAUCCCACACAGUCAGGUCAGAUUGUGAACCGCACUGUGUGUGGCUCAUGGUCAGGAAGCUGCUGUCGUUUCUCCUCACACACCAUCCAUGUCAAGCUCUGCUAUGGAAACUACUUCGUCUACAAACUUGUGCAGCCAAGCGCAUGUUCGCUUGCAUACUGUGCAGAGGUGAACAGAGCAACUCCUGAAGAUCCUUCAACCACACUUGAUCCAAGUACAGCGACCUCUUCUGCCAGUCAGGUUAAUAUCACCUCCACCACAACACCCGACAACAGCUCAGCAGGUGAGGGUGAGGUCCGUCUGGUUAACAGAGGGAACCAGUCCUGCUCUGGCAGAGUAGAGAUCUUCCACCGUGGACAGUGGGGGACGGUGUGUGACGAUGACUGGGACCUCAGGGAUGCCAACGUGGUGUGUAGACAGCUGGACUGUGGCCCUCCUCGUUCAGCAUUACUAAAUGCAGCUUUUGGUCCGGGCAGUGGACCCAUCUGGUUGGAUGAUGUUGGUUGUUCCGGCAACGAAACAUCAAUAACAGAGUGCAGACAUUCAGGGCUUGGGGUCCACAACUGUAAUCACAUUGAAGAUGCCAGUGUUGUCUGUGAAGGAUCUAACAGUACAGUUGUACCCCCCACACCUGUUACAACACCUGGGAACAUCACCUCCACCACAACACCCGACAACAGCUCAGCAGUUGAGGGUGAGGUCCGUCUGGUUAACAGAGGGAACCAGUCCUGCUCUGGCAGAGUAGAGAUCUUCCACCGUGGACAGUGGGGGACGGUGUGUGAUGAUCAAUGGGGCCUGGCUGAUGCUCAGGUGGCGUGCAGACAGAUGGGCUGUGGCAGGGCUCUGUCAGCACCAUCAGUUGCCUAUUUUGGACAGGGCAGUGGACCCAUCUGGUUGGAUGAGGUUGGUUGUUCCGGCAACGAAACAUCAAUAACAGAGUGCAGACAUUCAGGGCUUGGGGUCCACAACUGUAAUCACAUUGAAGAUGCCAGUGUUGUCUGUGAAGGAUCUAACAGUACAGUUGUACCCCCCACACCUGUUACAACACCUGGGAACAUCACCUCCACCACAACACCCGACAACAGCUCAGCAGUUGAGGGUGAGGUCCGUCUGGUUAACAGAGGGAACCAGUCCUGCUCUGGCAGAGUAGAGAUCUUCCACCGUGGACAGUGGGGGACGGUGUGUGAUGAUCGAUGGGGCCUGGCUGAUGCUCAGGUGGCGUGCAGACAGAUGGGCUGUGGCAGGGCUCUGUCAGCACCAUCAGUUGCCUAUUUUGGACAGGGCAGUGGACCCAUCUGGUUGGAUGAGGUUGGUUGUUCCGGCAACGAAACAUCAAUAACAGAGUGCAGACAUUCAGGGCUUGGGGUCCACAACUGUACUCACGUUGAUGAUGCCAGUGUUGUCUGUGAAGAAUCUAUCAGCACAGUUGUACCCACCACACCUGUUACAACACCUGUGACCAUCACCACCACUCAAGUGACAGCUGACAUCCCCUCCACCACAACACCCGACAACAGCUCAGCAGUUGAGGGUGAGGUCCGUCUGGUUAACAAAGUGAACCAGUCCUGCUCUGGCAGAGUAGAGAUCUUCCACCGUGGACAGUGGGGGACGGUGUGUGAUGAUCAAUGGGGCCUGGCUGAUGCUCAGGUGGUGUGCAGACAGAUGGGCUGUGGCAGGGCUCUGUCAGCACCAUCAGUUGCCUAUUUUGGACAAGGCAGUGGACCCAUCUGGAUGGAUGAUGUCUCUUGCACAGGCAGCGAAUCAAAGCUUGGAGAGUGCAGGCACAGAGGGUUUGGAUCACACAACUGUGGACGCAAUCAAGAUGCUGGUGUCGUCUGUGAAGGAUCUAUCAGCACAGUUGUACCCACCACACCUGUUACAACACCUGGGACCAUCACCACCACUCAAGUGACAGCUGACAUCCCCUCCACCACAACACCCGACAACAGCUCAGCAGGUGAGGGUGAGGUCCGUCUGGUUAACAGAGGGAACCAGUCCUGCUCUGGCAGAGUAGAGAUCUUCCACCGUGGACAGUGGGGGACGGUGUGUGAUGAUCAAUGGGGCCUGGCUGAUGCUCAGGUGGUGUGCAGACAGAUGGGCUGUGGCAGGGCUCUGUCAGCACCAUCAGUUGCCUAUUUUGGACAGGGCAGUGGACCCAUCUGGAUGGAUGAUGUCUCUUGCACAGGCAACGAAUCAAAGCUUGGAGAGUGCAGGCACAGAGGGUUUGGAUCACACAACUGUGGACGCAAUCAAGAUGCUGGUGUCGUCUGUGAAGCUGCUGCACCAGUCAGGCUGGUCAACUCUAAUAACCGCUGCUCUGGCAGAGUGGAGGUCUACCAUGAUGGUCGGUGGGGGACAGUGUGUGACGAUGACUGGGACCUCAGGGAUGCUAACGUGGUGUGUAGACAGCUGGACUGUGGCCCUCCUCGUUCAGCAUUACUAAAUGCAGCUUUUAGUCCAGGCAGUGGACCCAUCUGGUUGGAUGAUGUUGGUUGUUCCGGCAACGAAACAUCAAUAACAGAGUGCAGACAUUCAGGGCUUGGGGUCCACGACUGUACUCACAUUGAUGAUGCCAGUGUUGUCUGUGAAGACUCUGCACUGCAUGAUUACCAGCUAAUUUGCAGCCCUGAUAAACUUCAAAUGGGGCUGGAUUUGGCUGACCUCACCUCAGGUUUGAACCCAUACUCUGGCAACUUGGCAUCUCUUAAUUGCUCCUGGGCCAGAGUACAAAAUAACAUGGUGUGGUAUGAAGUAGACGCUGGGGAAGGUGCCUGUGGAAACACUCUGACGACCAACCGCACACAUGCGAUCUACUCCAACAGUUUAUCUGUCUACCCUGUUAUCAAUGGGUCCUUUAACCUUCCUGUGAGCAUCCCCUUCUCCUGUGCAUAUCCCCUGGAAACAGACACCAGCCUGAAUGUGGCUAUCAGACCAUUCCUGCCGUCGUCAUGGGACAUUUCAGGAUCUGGUUCUGGUGCCGAACCCUGUGCCGCCAUGUCUCUUUUCCGUAACGCCGCCUUCACUGAGACUUUCCCAGCUGGAGGGGUCAACCUGCCACUGGGUUCACCUUUGUACGUGGGUGUCUCUGUAACAGAAAGAGAGCUCAGAUUUGUUGUUGUUCUGGAGGAAUGCUACGCCUCUCACUCAUCCGAUCCUCACUAUUACCAGCGAUACUCUCUCAUCCAGAACAAGUGUCCGACCGAUGCCCGACAGGUGUCUGUGAUUGAGAGCGGCAUGUCUUUGCGUGCUCGUUUCUCUGCCCUGCUCUUCCUGCUGGAGGACGAUUAUAGAGCCAUUUAUCUUCACUGCAACAUAAGCCUGUGUGACCGAGAGAGAUUUCACUGUGUCCCAUCCUGUCGAAGGAGGAAAUAUCGCUCUGUUUCCAGCUCUGUUGCUAUGGACCGCGUCACCAUUGGACCAAUUGCUUGGGACAAGUCAACUAAGUGAGCUGGUUACACCAAAACAUCCCAUAAUGUCAUAUCAUGAAGACGUUUCUCUUAUACACAAGACAUGAAACUAUUUUAAAAACUGGUUUAACCUUUUAUAAUCAAACUUUUCACACUCACACACAGCCUGCUCUGAUUCUUCUGUCCUUUGUAAUGAUUGUGUAACAAAUCAACAAUAACAAAGAAAUAAUAAAAUGUAUUAAAAAAAACAUGUUACCAAACUCUU